AUGUUCUUGAUGGAACAAAUUCAGUCAAGUGAUCGUAACAGGACUGACAAUGUUAACCGUCGUAUAAUCGAGUUAAGCGACAAUGACUCCAAGAUGGUUCUACACCGGCAGUUUGGAGAAAUGACAGGACGCGGGAAUUCAAAUUUACGAAACAACGUAUUGGAUUAUGAAAAUAUGGACAUUCUACGAAAACUGCCACCGGAUACGAUCGUGAUACGGCAAAAAACGAAAUCAGACAUAGAGGACAGCGAUUACAGAGAAUUAAUAGAAACAAAUAGUAAUAAUGACAAUAGCUUGAUUUCUGGUAGUGCUGAUGUUAAAAAAGGAAUUUCACGAGUUGUCAGAAAUAAAACUCUCAAAACAAUAGAAGUAAGACGAAAUCCUAUGCGAAUGUCAAAGAGAAAUAUUGAUAAGAAUUUUUCUCGACCUAGCAAACAACUAUUGCAAAACAACAAGAAAGAGUUUUAUUCGGAUUAUGAAUUUGAGAAAAAUAUAAAAUCAUCUGCAAUGCCAUAUAUGAACACCAGAUCUAUUACUCGAAAGAUGUAUACUGUAGGUGCUACUUAUCAAGCACCUACUAAAAGAGACGAGACAGAGUGGAAAGAAUGGCCCGUACAUGGAAUGCAUGAGAGACCAGUCUAUCAUCCUCAAGCUGGUUUAGCAGUGGAAUAUUUAGGAAAAUACUUCACCAGCCUCGAUGGAUUAUCUUAUUAUGAGAUCAUUAAUGAGCCUGAUAUUGAAAUAAUCUCUGUCGAUCCACAUUACGAUAGACAAAUUUCUUCGGUAGAAAAAGAAAAGAAGCUAAAGAAAAAGAUAGGAAUGAAAAAUAAACGUUCAUCGAAUAUCAAAAAUGCAUGGAAUACCUAUCUUUCCAUGGAUAAGAAAUCUUUUGAGAAAUGUAUGCAUGAAAGCCUUCAUUACGUGUUUGGUUAUUGUGCACAAGUUAUGACACCAGUUUAUAAACAAGCAGUAGAAAAAAAAGUAGCACAGCUGACGAUUUCUGCAGCCAAAACGAGUUCUUUAAAAUUGACGAAAGAGACAACAAAUGUCAAAAGUAACAUCACAAUUUCUUCUGAGAAUAUUGCAAAUUUUGCAGAAGAAACAAAGUUAUUAGAAGCAUAUGCUAUUGCUAUGGCGCAAAGCAUCCAAAAUGAAAGUACCACUAAUAGCAAAAAUAAACAAAAAGUCGCCUCAACUUUUCCGUCAUCUUCAGCAAUGUUUGUACCAAAAAUACAGAAAUCGACUGUAGAACUCAAUAGCUCAGAAACUGCGUCACAAAAUGGAGAGAUGAUCAGAAUGAAUUUGAAACAGAUUAUUCGUGGCGCUCCAAACAGCUCUCUCAUUUUGUUGAGAAAUUCGGCUACGAAAUCUAUAAGCGACGAAGUUUGUGCAAAAAACAUAUUUAACUCCGCAAAGUUGGAAGAUGCUUCUAGCAAUGAAACGUUGACGGAAAUGUCGUCAAUUUAUAGAAAGCUGAUGUUUGCGAAAGAAUCAGUUCCAAAAUGCAAAGAAUCGCCAAUGAAUAACUUGCACGCUUUGAAGAAAUAUGCUACGAAUACGCAAGAAUAUAUGACAAAGAAGACCUUUCUCGAAACCCCAUUGGAUAAAAAAACUGUUCAAGUCAUGAAAGAGAUACAUGAAGGAAACAAUCCUGAAAAAAUAAAAAUUAAUAGAGAAUCAGAUGAUGGAAUAUCAAAUAAUAAGAACUUCAUGUGGUGCACCAACGAAACUUCGGAAAUAGCUAAAAUCUUAUCAGAAUACAACAAAAGCACAUUAAAGAAGCCCAUGAUACAGAAUCAAAUUUCAAGAGAUAUAAAAAUGAAUUUAACAAAUCUGAAUGUAAAAAAUAUGCCGAAAAAUCUCAGGCAGAAGAAUACAACAGUUGAAAAGAAUCAACAGUUUGUAUCCAACAGUCCCUAUUCAAAUACGAGUUUUGAUUUUUCACAGGGAAAAUGGAAAACGCUUCAUCUGAUGCUAGAGAAUACCAAAGACAGUCAGAUUGUCAGUAGCAAUCAAAAUGCUUGGAAGAGCUCUUCAACAUUAUUAGAUAACCACAAAGCAACUUCUUCGAAAAAUGAACAAAUUUCUUCAAGCAUGCUAAAUUAUAUGAAAAAGAAGCCUAAGGAUCUAAACAAAUAUGAAAUUAUUGAUGUAAAACCGAAAGAAAAGAAAUCUGAAUGUUCUAGAGAUGAAACAGAGAUUUCAAAGAUAGGAUUGUUGCAAGAACUUCUAGAAAACACUGCGAUUUUAUAUUGUGCCGCCAACGGAGUUCAUCAGGAUGAUUUAUCAAAUUACAUCGAUACUCUUGAUAAUAAGCAAAACAUUCAAUGCUUCACUAUUGAGAGUAUUGAUUAUAACAUUGGUUUUGAUAUACAGGAUGAAUAG